UCCUCUGGCAAGCGCAGUUUUGGUUAAUUAAGUAAAUAAUUGUCCUCAGAAAGUGUGGUUAAUAAUAUUGGUAGCCGUAGUUUGUCAGUGUGGUACUGUGGUGGUCACCACAACUGCGCGCUGUUAAAAACGGCGAGUGUUCGUUUCACCUGCGUGUGUCUCCCUCCUCCUCCUCUUCUUCUUCCUCCCAACCAUCAUCAACAACAACAAGAACGUGCGUACUCGAGAGCGCGCGCGCGCGCGCCACGGCGCCACCUCUGCGUGGAGCUCCAUGAGGAGGCGGCGGUGGCCGGCACGCUGCGCCGCCGCACUGUGCAUCGCCGUCGUCGUGCUGCAGCUCGCCGCCGCCGCCGCUGCCAGGUCACUGUCGUCGUCUAGGCGCCGCGCGCACGACCACGGCCACAGGGUGGCGCUGCCGGCGUCGGCGGCGGCGGUGGCGUCGUCCCUGCAGCAGCCCGUGCAUCGCGCCGUGGCGAAGGCGAAAGGUGGUGGACGCUCGACCGCCUUCGACGCCGGCGGCGGCGUGCCGUGUAAGGAGAAGAGCGGCGGACACGGCGGCGCUCCGUCACCGUGCUCCGACGACGACGACAAGCGCGUCGUGCCGACGGGCCCGAACCCCUUGCACAACAGAAACAAGAAUUGCCCUCAUCAGCUAUUCCUCCAUGGGGUGUUUGUUUCGAUUCCACAAGUGGAAGAUUCUGCAGUUCAUCAUGUCUGAGGAUCGCUUCUUUCCACCCCAAAAGCUUCACAAGAUGUGAUCUCCUGAACUCUGAAGUAAAAGAUUUUGAUUGUAUUCUUCUGCGUAGAAAGUUAGAGAAAAAUAGUACUUCCUCAUGAACUCAUGAAUUUCUUGUGGCUGUGUAGGGCCUGUAUCCCCAUGACAGAAUGGGCUUUAGUUAAUAGCCAUACUGAGCACAAUAUGUGUAUGAUUCUUUUAAUUACUAGUUGCUCAGAAUACACUGUUCCU